CCUACGGCCCUCCCUGAAGCCUCGGCCUCGCCUGGGCGCCUCGCCUGCCUCCCCGCCUCCCUGCCCGGCCGACGAAGGAGCAGCGCGGCCAUGGCUUCGCGCAGCGCCGGGACCCUUCUGACCCAGUACAACGCGGCCUACGUGCCGCCGGGGCUCAUGCCCGGGUAUCGCGGCCAUGUCCCCAACGUGGCCUUUUCCUUUGGGGAUACCUAUGGCAACGCCACCAUGAAGUACUUCCAAGAUUUCCGAAGUGCCGCCAUGGAAACCUGCGGCGGCCCCUACUGCAAAGGGGGCCAGUUCCCCACCCUCUUCUCUCCUGACCCCGGCCUGGUGAUUGGGGCGAGGGCCAGGGGGUGGGACCGCUGGCUGCACACCCCCAACUACACUCGCUUCAAUUUGGACAUCAACCGCACGGCGGAGCUGAAGGAGUUCUACAAGCUUGCUCAGAUGCAUCGCGAGCAUUACAUGGACAAGACCGGGACGGUGCACCGCGUUCCGUAUUUCGUGAUCCCCGUGAAGGAGAAGGACAAGUACCCUCACCCUCUCGACCUGUCUUGAUCCCUCUUAGCUCUUUUCACAAAGCAAAACGUCCUACGGCCCUCCCGCCCACCCUGAAUUCUUCCCUCUGAUCUCCAGGAAGACCCUCCUCCUUCCCCCACAUCUCCUGUCCUGCCCUUGAGACUGCUGCUUAACCCUGGUCUGGAUCUCUCCAACGGAGAAAUGGCGGCUUUCCAUUAGUGGUGGAUGAAGCAACCCGGGGCUUCCCGGAGAUGUUUACGCUUGGAAACCAUGGAGGGGCAAUGUGUGCGCCUGUGUGUGAGUGUGUGUAAGAGAGAGAGGCAGAUUAAUUAGGAGAAGAGAAGGCUGAUAAAAAAAAAGUACAUAAAGAUUGGCAUGGGGCAGGGAGUCAUAGGAGUGCAGCCUGGAACACAGGAUCUGUCUGGAGAGAGCUGGCAGGAAAUCACACCGUUCAAGUGGGAGUUCGCUCUUUAUUAGCAAGAACAUGAUCUGACCUGGCUGAGUGACAGGCCUAAUGAGCAUAGCAGCUCCUCCCUGGUAGGUCUUGCCCAUGGAUCAGUUGCUGAAACUGAAAGUCCCUGUCCUCUCCAGGGUUUUCCCCAAGCAAUCAGAGACUGUGCCUGCGUGAAGCUGACUUCUCUGCCCUCUUCAUACCGCUUCUGGUUCUGGGAGAGAAGCGGGAAGGAGACCCUGUCGCAGCAGGAAGGGGAGACCCCCGCGACUCUUCACCAGCCUGACUCAUCUCUGCUUCUCGGCCUCCCUCUUCUGCUUCAUCUUCUGCCUCUGAUUCCGGACUUCUGUCUGCCACAGACUCUCCCAGCUCACUAAGCCCUGUUGCCUUUCCUGCUUCCAACACCUCCUCUUCCAGCCUUCUCCUCCUUCUCCCUCUAACCACCCAUCAUUUCCCAGCUGAUUCCUCCAACCGUUCCUCUGCGUACAACCAGUCCAUGACAGAAUCAUGGAAUUGUAGAGUUGGAAGGGACCUCCAGAGGCCAUCUAGUCCAACCCCCUGCAGUGCAGGAUUUGCAACCAAAGCAUCAGUAUGAAGCU